CUCCUUAUAAAAUUGCUGAACUGGGAAUAGUAUUUCAGCAUUUUUUCCCAUUUAUCGCCGAAUGCCGUCGAGAAGCGUACAUAUUAACUAUUCGAGUCAUAUAUCCGGCUAGCUUCUACGGCGCUGGCGUCGAUCCUUUAGUAAACACAGCAACUUCCUCCUUUGCUGAAAUGUGGGCCGCGGUCAUCUGAAAGAAAUACUUCCACUUUGGCUUUCAUGUAUAUUUUCGUGUAUGUUCUCAGUGGUUCUUUUGAUUGUGUCAAACGAAAGACUUUGCCAAGCCCGUGGACACGCUAUGGCGGCAAUCAGGAAAAAGCUGGUCAUCGUGGGCGAUGGAGCGUGCGGUAAGACCUGCCUGCUGAUUGUCUUCAGCAAGGACCAGUUUCCAGAGGUGUACGUGCCCACCGUCUUUGAGAACUACGUGGCGGACAUUGAAGUGGAUAGCAAACAGGUGGAGUUAGCGCUGUGGGACACAGCAGGCCAAGAAGACUACGAUCGACUGCGCCCCCUCUCGUAUCCGGACACCGAUGUGAUUCUUAUGUGCUUCUCCAUCGACAGCCCUGACAGUUUGGAGAACAUCCCAGAAAAGUGGACCCCAGAGGUGAAACACUUCUGCCCCAACGUCCCAAUUAUUUUGGUGGGGAACAAAAAAGACCUGCGCAACGAUGAACACACACGCAGGGAGCUUGCCAAAAUGAAGCAGGAACCUGUGAAGCAAGAGGACGGACGGGAUAUGGCCAACAGGAUCAGUGCCUUUGGAUACAUGGAGUGCUCAGCCAAAACGAAGGAUGGCGUGAGGGAAGUGUUUGAAAUGGCCACCAGGGCGGCGCUACAAGCCAGGCGGGGAAAGCAGAGCAGAAAAUGCACACUCCUGUAAACAGGGGGGGGGGGGGCACGAGGACUGCUUCCUGUUGGUUGGGGGAAAGAAAGGAGGAGCAGGUCAACAACCCCCCACACAAAAAACACACACACAUAAAAGACUGUUCUCGCCAGUUUUUACAAAAGGUGCAGCGCUUUUACUUUUCUUUUUUUUUUGUCUUAAAGCUUAAGUUAGUCAGAUUUUGUCAGUAUUCCAUUUUGAGACGACGAAAAUUUUUCUUGUUUGUACUAAUGCAUCAGUCAAUCACGCCAUCAUGGAAGCUCCAGCGUGAGCACAUUGAGUCAGGAGAUGUCGGCGAAGGAACGUAUUGCGUGAACGCUGCCAACGACAAGCCAAGUGCUGAAGCCCCACCCGCUGACCUGACCAAUGUCCCGCAGCCAAUCACGACACCGAGCUGUUCAUUGCGGCAUUGUGACGUUAGCGCUUGUUUAGUGUGCUUCAUUUACAAAUCUUUAUGCGCGUUACCAUGCGCUGCACUACACCGGACUGGAAACUCCAAUUUUGCAAAUGGGAACUUAGUGUUUUGUGGAAUAAAUUACUUUGUAAGAUCUUGCUAAUUUGCAUCAGUGGCUGGAAAAGACUGAAUUGUAGUGCUGCUUGGAUACAAAAUAAAACUGUUUUCAGUA